UUAGCUUUCGCAGGGGAGCGUGUGUUGCGAAGAAACACUGAUUGAUUUGCCCUGAUAACAAUAUUUGUGGACAUUUUUAAUAACCAACCGUGUGUAUUAGUACAUGGACUUAUACUUUGUAACAGACAUCAGAUAAAAUAACAACGGAAGAAAAGGGAAACAAGCCAAGUCAGACAUCAGGAAAACCUACGUUUGGUUGGUACGAUUGAACCAAUGAGCCUAGUCAAGUUCCCAGAUGCUGGUGGGUGUUCAAUGACCCUGAAGGAUGUGGAUGGACGAUACCUGACCCCUUCUGGGUCACCUGACCACUGGUAUUCCCUCAGGACGAUGAACACCAGAUCUGAUGAUGUCUAUAUUUGUUCAUACCCCAAAUCUGGAUUCCACUGGAUUUGGGAAAUUGUAACCAUGCUGAGAUCAGGAAACUCAACACCGAUUAAGGAAAUCAUGGAAGGUCAUAUAACAGAUUUUAUGCCUUUGGAUCAUAUUGAGAGACAUGCAUCACCAAGGACACUGACAACUCACAGAUACCCUGAGGAACUCCAAAAGGAAACCUUUGAGCUGGGGUGUAAGAUAGUGUACUUGAUUCGUGACCCAAAAGACAUUUGUGUCUCAUAUUACAAUCAUCUCACUCAAUUGAAACCACUUGAUUAUGAAGGACAGUUCAGUGACUUUGUUCCAUUAUUUCUCGAAGGAAAAGUUCCCUUUAACUCCUGGUGGGAGCACAUCAUCCGCUGGUCUGCCAUGAAAGUCAAGCAUCCAGACCGGGCACUUCUUGUCAUCAGUUAUGAAAACAUGAAACAGGACCCAGUCGGUGAAAUAAAGCGCUUAGCUGACUUCCUAGAAGUGAAUGUGGCUGAACAUGUGAUAAAUGACAUUACCAAAAACACAAAGUUCAGUACUAUGAAAGCUGCAAAAGAACAACUUGAGAACAAGCUGGUGCCCUAUUACAAAUGUGGAAAAGAAAUUAUGUACAGGAAAGGUGAAGUUGGAGACUGGAAGCACUGGCUCAGUGGCUCCAAGAGCCAGGAGUUCGAUGACUUUAUCAACACCAAGCUUGAAGGAAGUCAUUUCUCAGCUCUAGUUUCACCGGACAGGUAUCCAUGGCUUCGGAUGAAUAAGUUUGGUCAACUAUAAACACUCAGUAACACAAUUUCAACAGUAACUUCAUUAGUUUCAGAUAGAUUUAUGUUUCUGUCCAAUACCAUAGUCUGAACUCUCAUGUUAGACCAUGUUUUAUUGUAAAUGUUGGAGAUCUACAAUAUAAUAACACUGAUCUCACUAAAUCUCAUGAAUGAAAAUUGCUAUCCUCAGUCAGAUCAAGGAGUCAAAAUAUAGACUGUAAGAAGAAGGUCACAGAGAGUCAGAAACUACAGAGACUCCAGACACAGAGCUCUGAUACCAGAUAUUUUUACAAGGUAGACAAGGUCACAGAGAGUCAGACAGAGAGCUCUGAUACCAGAUAUUUUUACAAGGUAGACAAGGUCACGGAGAGUCAGAAACUACAGAGACUCCAGACAGAGAGCUCUGAUACCAGAUAUUUUUACAAGGUAGACAAGGUCACAGAGAGUCAGAAACUACAGAGACUCCAGACAGAGAGCUCUGAUACCAGAUAUUUUUACAAGGUAGACAAGGUCACGGAGAGUCAGAAACUACAGAGACUCCAGACAGAGAGCUCUGAUACCAGAUAUUUUUACAAGGUAGACAAGGUCACGGAGAGUCAGAAACUACAGAGACUCCAGACAGAGAGCUCUGAUACCAGAUAUUUUUACAAGGUAGACAAGGUCACGGAGAGUCAGAAACUACAGAGACUCCAGACAGAGAGC